AUGGAGAAUUUACUGGCUCAUUCAUUCGACUAUCUCUCCUCUUACGAGCCUAGCAAGGUCCGCAAGGGCUUGCGUCAGGUUGAGGGCCUUUUGGCCCAAAUCUGCCUCUCCAAGCCCAAAUCUACCCCAGAUCGAAGAAGAUCAGUCAUAGCCAACGAAGCGCAACCAGUGCCGAAGGGCUUAUCAGAACUACGAGACGACCCGGCGUUUCGGGAAUUCUUCAAGCUGCAAGAUGGUUUUCAAUGGAAUGUUGCUAUGCGUCUAGUGUCUUGUUUGGAACACCUUCUUGGCCGCGGCAGCAAUGGCACCAACGACAUGCUCAUCGUCUGCACACUUGACUUAAUCCAAGGCGCACUUCUCCUCCACCCACCCUCGCGUACUCUCUUCGCCCGCGACAUCUACAUGAAUCUCCUCCUUGACCUCCUCGACCCAAUCAACUGCCCAGCCAUCCAAUCUGCAACCCUCCUCACUCUUGUCGCGGCCCUGCUAGACUGCCCCUCCAACACUCGCACAUUCGAAGACCUUGACGGUCUCCUCACUGUUACAUCCCUGUUCAAACAGCGCGCUACAUCUCGCGAAGUCAAGCUCAAACUGGUAGAAUUCCUGUACUUCUAUCUUAUGCCCGAGACACCGAUUCUCAGCCCCGGUUCUGGUGCUAGCGCCAGCCCACCCCCUCUGCAGCGCAGCCCGAGCAAGCUUUCGUCCCGGCCAAUGUCGCAAAGCUCACAUGCCUCUAACGGGAGCAAGAUGAUUCGUGAUACGAGAACUACCGACGAAAAACAGGCACUUUUGGGUCGCUAUCUGAAUAAUGUGGAGGAUCUUGUGGAGGACCUUAAAGAGACUGCGCCAUUUGGUGCAACCGUCUACUAA